AUGAUUCAAACCUUGGAAGGUGUGCUAAGAGCCUGUGCGCUACAGUUUCGGGGAGAUUGGGAUGAUAAACUACCUGUCAUGGAGUGUGCAUAUAAUAAUAGUUAUCAAUCAAGCAUCGGAAUGUCACCCUAUGAUGCCUUGUAUGGAACGCAGCGUAGAACUCCAAUUUAUUGGGAUGAAGUGGGUGAGAAGAGAUUGGAAGUAUCUAAAGACGUUGAAGCAACAAUGGAGAUGGUCAAAUUGAUUAGAGAAAGACUCAAGGCAGCACAAGACCAACCAAAGAGCUAUGCAGACAUAGAAGGAAGGAACUUCAAUUUGAGGUUGGUGACUGGGUAUUCUUAA